AUGCGUAUCUCUUUCAUUCCCAUUUCUCUCUCUCUCUCUCAUAUUCCCAUUUCUCUCUCUCUCUCUCAUAUUCCCAUUUCUCUCUCUCUCUCUCAUAUUCCCAUUUGUCUCUCUCUCUCUCUCUCAUAUUCCCAUUUGUCUCUCUCUCUCUCUCUCUCAUAUUCCCAUUUGUCUCUCUCUCUCUCAUAUUCCCAUUUGUCUCUCUCUCUCUCAUAUUCCCAUUUGUCUCUCUCAUAUUCCCAUUUGUCUCUCUCAUAUUCCCAUUUGUCUCUCUCAUAUUCCCAUUUGUCUCUCUCAUAUUCCCAUUUGUCUCUCUCAUAUUCUCUCUCUCAUAUUCCCAUUUGUCUCUCUCUCUCUCUCUCUCAUAUUCCCAUUUGUCUCUCUCUCUCUCAUAUUCCCAUUUGUCUCUCUCUCUCUCAUAUUCCCAUUUGUCUCUCUCUCUCUCUCAUAUUCCCAUUUGUCUCUCUCUCUCUCUCAUAUUCCCAUUUGUCUCUCUCUCUCUCAUAUUCCCAUUUGUCUCUCUCUCUCUCAUAUUCCCAUUUGUCUCUCUCUAUCACCUCUCUCUCUCUCUCUCUCUCACCUCUCUCCAUAUUAAUGACAUUGGAUUUCCUGCCAACGAUUUGUCGCUUCACUCUCUCUCUUCCUUUUUCUCUCUUUCUUUUUCUCUCUCUCUUUUUCUUUUUCUCUCUCUCUUUUUCUUUUUCUCUCUCUUUCUUUUUCUCUCUCUUUCUUUUUCUCUCUCCUUUUUUUCUCUCUUUCUUUUUCUCUCUUCCUUUCUCUCUCUUCCUUUUUCUCUCUUCCUUUUUCUCUCUUUUUUCUCUCUCUCGCUCUCUUCCUUUCUCUACCUCUCGCUCUCUUCCUUUCUCUACCUCUCUCGCUCUCUUCCUUUCUCUACCUCUCUCUCUCUAUUCCUUUCUCUACCUCUCUCUCUCUAUUCCUUUCUCUACCUCUCUCUCUCUAUUCCUUUCUCUACCUCUCUCUCUCUAUUCCUUUCUAUAUCUCUCUCUCUAUUCCUUUCUCUACCUCUCUCUCUCUAUUCCUUUCUCUAUUUCUCUCUCUAUUCCUUUCUCUACCUCUCUCUCUCUAUUCCUUUCUCUACCUUUCUCUCUCUAUUCCUUUCUCUAUUUCUCUCUCUAUUCCUUUCUCUAUUUCUCUCUCUAUUCCUUUCUCUAUUUCUCUCUCUAUUCCUUUCUCUAUUUCUCUCUCUAUUCCUUUCUCUAUUUCUCUUUCUCUCUCUAUUUCUUUCUCUCUAUCCUUCAUAUUCCAAAUAUGCACUUCAAAACAAAUGUCGAUGUUAAGAUUAUCUAUUUUCUUAAUUUGCGGGAUAUUUGUACCAAAUUUCUCUCUGUGGGAAGAUUUUCUUCGAGGAAAACAGAGAUCGCAUUAAAAUUGAGAAAAAAAAUUAAUUACACCUCUUAUCCCCUCUUCUCAACUCUUUUAAUUAAUUUUGCUUCUCUCCUCCCUCCUCUCCUCUCUCCUCUUCUCUCUCCUCUCCUCUCUUCUCUCUCCUCUCCUCUCUUCUCUCUCCUCUCCUCUUCUCUCUUCUCUCUCUUCUCUCUUUUCUCUCUUCUCUCUCUUUUCUCUCCUUCUCUUCUCUCUCUUCUUCUCUUCUCUUCUCUUCUCUUCUUCUUCUCUUCUCUCUUCCUCUCCCCCUCUUCUUCUCUCUCCUAUCUCUCCUCUUCUCUUCUAUUCCGCCCCCUUCUCUCCCUCUUCUCUCUCUUCUCCCCUCUCUUCUCCUAUCUCUCCGCCCCUCUUCUUCUCUCCUAUCUCUCCUCCCUCCUCUCUCUCUAUCUCUUCUCUCCCUAUCUCUCCGCCUCUCUCUCCUCUCUCCGCCCCCCCUUCUUCCUCCUAUCUCUCUUCCCCCUCUUCUCUCCUCUCUCCCUAUCUCUCCGCCCCCCUCUUCUCUCUCCUAUCUCUCUUCUCUCCCUCUUCUCUCUCUCUCUCUCCGCCCCCUCUUCUCUCUCCCUCUUCUCUCUCCUAUCUCUCCGCCCCUCUUCUCUUUCAGUCUGA